GAUCCCCUGAAAGGUGCUGUAUACAUCUAAGUUAACUUAGAUGUAAAAGGAAGCUCUGGAUGGUUAGAAAUACGUGGCGUUGUGAGCAAGUGGCCAACAGAGGGCGACGAACCACCCGGAAAGCCAAGCUAAAUCACAAUCCUCAAGACUCAACAAUGCAAGUUCACAAUCUAUGGAUGAUCAUCUCCGCCAGUCAAAAAAAAAAACAUGUACAGGGGGGAAAUGAUUUAAAAAUAAAAAAAGUACUGAAAAUCGGAUGAGAAAUGCAUGUAGUGUUUAAAGGUGGCCAACAGAGGGCGACAAACACCACCCAGAAUCCAAACCUAACUCCACCUUCACAAGGACUCAAGAAUACAUGUUAAAAAUCCACACCAGACUUGAGUCAUUAUCUAAAAAUGCAUCUUAACAUUAACGCAGACAUUUAAUUCAGUGUUUACUGGUGCGGAAGAGAAUCCGUGUGACACGUUUGAAUCAAUCGUUGCUGUACGAUUGAUCGGCUCAGGCCGUGCGAGGUCGCACGUCGCCUUCACAGCGGGACCACUGAGGCUAAUUUGCAAGCAUCCACCGCGACGCGAGAUCCAAGUGAGCAAACGCUUGCUCUUCCUCGCCGUCUGACAAGAGGAGGAGGGUCGAGGGCGGAGAGAAAGCGAGGGAGGGAGGAGAAUCCGCUCGGAAGGAGGCAAAGAAGCGAAAACGCGCAGGAGGAUGCUCAUCCAAACCAGACCAUCAGCUCGGAGUAACACUAAAAAUAUACACUGUUCUCCUUGAAGGGCAACAUUCCUACUUCUCUCUGGUAUUUUUUAUUUAUUUUUUGGUGGGGGGGAGGCGGGAUUCCAGUUUUGAAGACCAUGAGUGAGGCCAAGAAGAGCGAGCUGGCCAUCCGGGAUGAAGCCAUCCUGCACCAGCAGCGCCGUCUCAAGCAGGCCACUCAGUUCACGCACAAGGACUCGGCUGACCUGCUGCCCCUGGACGGUCUCAAGAGACUGGGCACGUCCAAAGACCUGCAACCCCACAGCAUCGUGCAGCGGCGCUUCCUGGAGGGCAACAUCACGCGGCUGCGGGGCGAGGCCCGAGACCCCGCCGCCCACGUCCGCUCCCCGCUGGCCGGCACUGCCGGCGAGGACGAGGAGGACGAGCCGGCGGACGGCGUGGACGAGAGUGCCGACGACUCCUCGGCCGAGGAGAGCGAGAAGAGUCUCCAGUCGGACGACGACGAUAGCGGCGACGCGGCGGCGGCCUCGGAGACGACACGCCUCACGACUCUGCUCGUUCACUGCAAGUGCUGUGAGAGUGACGUGAAGGUUUCUUUAAACACCAGCAGUGCGCACAACCGCAUCUCGCCAUCCUGCUGCCAAAGGCUCGGCCUCUCGGCAACCGGCCGGGACGGAAGCGGCUCGGUGAGCGGUCUCAAGCUUCAGCUGGGCUCCAGGACGAUCCAGUGCUCUGCUUUGGUCCAAGGUACCAAUGACAACAACUUUAAAACGUAUACUUUGUUGAAGAGCUUCAAAACCCGUGCGCAUCUUUUCCCUCAAAGAGGACGAGUUGAGCGAGCUGAGCCUCGGCCUGCACACUCUGCUCCGACUCAGAUGCUGUCUGGACCUGAACCGCCGGGUCUUGAAGCUAGGGGGCGUCGUCGAGGAGCUUCCCUUCUUGAGUGACGACAAACUCGGCAGCGCAAAGAAGGUGUGAGCGCCCCCUGCGGCCGUGCUCGCGUCAUCGUCGUCGUCGCGGCGGAAUGGGAUCGCCCGGGCUGUCGGACCUCGUGUGUUGCACGUCGUCGGACGAGCAUUAGCCGCUGAAAAAUUACCCUCGUUGGAUGAGCCCAUGUGUGUUAAUUGGAGCUUUUUUUUUUAAUUGACUCAAUUGAGGUCAUUGAGCAAAAAAGGGAAUUUUUGUGAUUGGGCUUCAAUCAAUUAAUCAAUUUUUAAUUACAAAAGGUACACAAAUCACUUGUUAAAGCGAUAAAUUCAUGUUUUCUGAUUGACUUUUUUCCUCGCCUGAAUGUUUAAUGCAAAGCGAAAUAUGAAUGAGCAAUUGUUAGCUUAGCCUAGCCUUGCUGAGCAUUAGACCAAAAAACACACUGCCAAUGAGUCAUGAGCUUUCUGUCAAUUCUACGUUUUUGACAAAGGCGAGCUAACUAGCAGUGGGCUAUGCCAAGCUAACGACCGCCACGACACACUCAGGCAGGAAGCGGCUGCGCUCGGGAAAAGGCAGAUCGAGUGUUUUGUCCUCCCGCUACCUCCUUGUCACACAAAGACAAAAUCAUUUUAAAAAGCAAUUAGCGGUUUGUUAGCAUCGACAUGCUAACGGGUGUCCACGUGAGCUCCUUGAGCCAGUCGCACACUUGCCAACCUCGUCCUUUCAUAUUUCUCAAACCGAUUCAAAUUAUUCAACACAUUCAGGAAUCCUAGGAACUAUUUUUCACAUUCCCAAAUUUUCAUUUCCUUCACAAAAGGAAAAAUUCAACAGAGAUGUUUGCCAAAUUUACAGUCUUUCUUAAAAUUUCAACCAAUUCAAACCAUUCCACGAUCAAAAAGAUGAGUUCAUUCAAGGUUACUAUUGGAUUAUCUGCAAAAAUCGCAUCUAGAUUAGUUGCACUUGUUAUGAUUAUUGUCCAGUCCCAUUGAGAAGUGAUCCUUUUUGUUGCUGUUCAAGAUCAUGCAACGUCCCGCUCGGUGUGCGACUGGGUUUUCCAUUUCCUCCCAGUAAAAAUAGUCCGUCAGACGUUUAUAUCCGAGUCACACUCGGAAAUACGAAAACAUUCCACGUGCAUGACGUUGUGGCGUUCCGCAUGCAUGUUUGUGUACUCGUCUGAUGGCGUGAACCUCGGAAGUGUGUGUGUAGCGUGUGUGUAACGUGUGUUUUUCCGGCUCACACAGGAUGGAAAAAAAAAAAAAAAAAAAAAGCCGAGCUGCCAAACAAGCUGCCUUCCCACGCCGCCUUUGUCACAUCUACAAAAGCUUUGCAUCUUUUUUGUGAUCAUUUUGCGCAUUUUAGCACCUUUGAGACCUCGACGCUUUUCUUAGCCAACUUUGGACAAAGAGCGCCGCCUGACUUUUUCAUUUAGUUUUUAAGAAAAACAACAAAUAGCAUGGUAGGUUCUUGAAAACCACAGAUGUAUAGUUAAGCAAAUCAAUUAUUUCAAUAAGCUAAAGAACGGCCAAAACGAUGACAAGUCAGUCAGUCAGUUAAAUUGACGAGUAUGAUGAUUUUCCUGACAUUAAAAAAAAAUAAAAAAUCCUCGAUCUAAAUCAAUUUGAAUAUCGUGGUAAACUGAAUGUAUUUCAGUUCGAAAAGAAAAAUUCACGUAUAAUAUCGCCACCGAAAUGCGUUUACCAGAUAGGCUAACAGCUAGCCUAGCUUCUUCACUUCUUCUUUGUAUUUUGCUCCGUGGCACCAUGCUGCCUCUCGCAGGUCAGUCCAGGAACUACGCCACACUUCUGGUCUCGCGCCGAGCGAGAUGUCGUAAAAAGACCCGCUUACAUUGAUGAACACUUGCUUUACACGUAAAUGUUAAUUGUUAAACAUCUGCGGUUGGCAGAUAAUUGGCGCAAAUGCGAAUUUUUUUCGUUUUACUUUUCACCUUCCACGCUCCGUCUACCAGUGACGUUAUGACAGAAUUUUAUUUUUCGUGUUUCUUCUUGCUCUUCUUCUGUAUAACAGUAUUUUCUCUGGCAGACAAAUAAAAGAUAUGUAUUCUGGCUA